GCCGGAAGCCUGGUUCGCUGACCGCGCGAAGGAUGGCGAAACAGAAGAGAAAGCUUACUGAAGUGAGAGAGAAAAAGAACAAGAAGUUCAAGAAGGCAUCAGCCAAGGAGGCACCUGAGGCCCCGCUGGGCACAGAGGAAGCAUGCCCCGAGGGAGAAGCAACUACCGUGGCCUUGCAGGAGACAGAUCCUGAGCUGUCCCCAGAGGAGAGGAGGAUCCAAGAACGGAAGCUGAAGAAGGAACGGAAGAAAGAGCAAAAGAAGCGCCUGCGGGAGGCUGGUCUCACGGCCCAGACCCCACCGGCCCAGCGCUCCGGGGCGCAACUGGCGCUAGACUACCUCUGUGGCUGGGCCCAGAAGUGCAAGAACUGGAAAUUUCAGAAGACGAGGCAGACCUGGCUCCUGCUGAACAUGUACAACAGUGACAAGGUUCCCAACGAGCACUUCUCCACCCUGCUGGCCUACCUGGAGGGGCUGAAGGGCCAGGCCCGAGAGCUGACUGUGCAGAAGGCUGAAGCCAUGAUGCAGGAGCUGGACGAAGAGGGUGCUGGCGACCCGGAGCCCCCGCUGCAGGAGAAGAUGCAGCGUGUCCGGCAGGUGCUGCAGCUGCUCUCCUAGGGCAGCCAGCCGGCAAGGCCACAGCUGCUGCAGUGCCUGGCGGCCCGCGCCUCUCAGGACCCAGCUUGAAUGCCUUCUUCCAGCAGUGGCCAGUGGCCUGGGGGCCUCCAGGUUCAAAGUCUUGUUCCCCCUGGUCACCAGGCCCAGGAAGGACUGCUUUUCUGACCUUCCUAUGUACAGAUCAUGUUGGCUUCGAUACCUUCACUGCAGCUCACAGUCCUGCCCCAGGGGCCUUCCAGCCCUUGAGGAAACUGCUUUCUGAGGGAAAUGUCUCUUUCUACCAGGGAUGCCUUAAUGAUUGAUCAGCGGCUGACCCUCCCCACCCUCUGCAGUCCUUACGUGCUGAGGUGCGAGGGUCCCCAGAAUUUGGGCCCUGUGCCAGAGGGCCCUGACUGGCUUGUCUUCUUGGCUCAGCAACCACCUGGGGCCAUUCCGCAGCCUCGCUGCCCGUGACAGGGAACCUCGGCUGUGUUUUCAAUAAAUGGGAGCCUGGGUUGGCUGAGGCGCUUGUUC